UCGCUCAGCAAGCUGCGGUCACUACAGGCGCUCGGUGGGUUUACAGCAGAAAUAAGAAGCAGUCACUUUAACUCCCGUGAAGGAUGUCUGGUAGCACCGGGGAUGAGGAUUGCGAUGUGCAGCACACCCCUGUGGAUGAUGACGAUGAACUUCUGAGAUACAUCUGGAGGGAGUACUUACACCCAAAGCAGUAUGAAUGGGUUCUCAUCGUGGCUUAUAUUAUUGUCUUCUUCGUUUCUCUCAUCGGAAAUUCUCUAGUUUGUUUUGCAGUGUGGAAGAACCGUCACAUGCGCACCGUUACCAAUUACUUCAUAGUGAAUCUGUCCUUUGCUGACGUGUUGGUCACAAUCAUCUGCCUGCCUGCGAGUCUAGUGGUGGACAUCACAGAGACGUGGUUCUUUGGAAAUACUCUCUGCAAAGUCGUGCCUUAUCUGCAGACAAUUUCAGUUUCUGUAUCAGUCUUGACACUGAGCUGCAUCGCCCAAGACCGCUGGUAUGCUAUCUGCCACCCGCUGAUGUUCAAGAGCACCGCUAAGAGGGCUCGCAAGAGUAUUGUUGUCAUCUGGGUGGUGUCGUGCAUCAUCAUGAUCCCUCAGGCUGUUGUGAUGGAGUGCAGCAGCCUCCUGCCCGAGCUGACAAACAAGACCAGUCUGUUCACAGUGUGUGAUGAGCACUGGGGAGCUGAGAUCUACCCGAAGGUGUAUCACACCUGUUUCUUCAUCGUCACAUACUUUGCACCAUUGUGCCUCAUGAUCCUGGCGUACAUCCAGAUCUGUCACAAGCUGUGGUUUCAGCAGAUUCCUGGGAGCACAUCAGUGCUGCAGAGGAAGUGGAGGUCGAUGCAGUGCUCAGCCUCCUCUCCGGCGCUGGGAGAGCCCGUGAGGGUCCGCACCAGCACGGUCUGCGCCGAAAUCAAGCAGGUCCGGGCGCGGCGCAAAACAGCCAGCAUGCUCAUGGCGGUGCUCUUUGUCUUCGCCCUGUGCUACCUGCCGAUCAGCGUGCUCAAUGUCAUGAAAAGAGUCUUUGGGACGUUCAAAAAAGUAAAUGACAGAGAGAAAGUGUACGCAUGGUUCACUUUCUCACACUGGCUCAUAUACGCCAAUAGUGCAGCGAAUCCCAUCAUCUACAACUUUCUCAGCGGUAAGUUCCGCAAGGAGUUCAAAGCAGCUUUUUCCUGCCACUGCUGCAGCAAAAGCCAGAAUCAGACAAAGAGGAUAAGAACCAGAACGAGCACGGAGAGCCGGAAAUCCCUGUCGACUCAAGUGAACAACAUGGACAAUGUGUCGCGCAUAUCUGAUCAGAUGGUGUAGUUGGUGCAGAAUCUGGGUGCCCAAUCCAAGGACUCAUUGCAAAGUCAAGAAGUCUAGACCGGAUCCUUUGAUAAAAAAUCACGUCUCAUUACCUAUAUUUUAUGUUUAGCUUCUAAAGGACACUUUAUAGAAAUGAAGUGCUUUAAAAAUCGGACCUCUGUUCUCUGAGGACUUUCGCACAUCUUUCACAUCACAGACACAGAAAACAUGACAACCUCUUGUAUAUAACAGAAAAUAUAUAUUUACUAUGAAAAGAACAUCAUUUGAAUGUUACGUCUUUGAUUACUCGUUUGUACUUUAUGAUGUACAGUUCAGUGAAAUGGUUUGCACAUAAUGUAAUGUAUUGGUAAUGUACUAUUUUUGGACGUUUAUCUUAUCUUUGGUUCAGAAGCCCGAGUCUGUAAUGCAGAAUCUAAUUUAAAGGUCACGUAUUAUGCAAAAUACACUUUACCAUGUUUUAUAUGUGCCCGAGAAAGCCCGAGC